AUGAUUGAGCCAGGUCAUGAUACUUUAGCACCUAAAUCUCGCGAUAAUUCUCCGUAUAGACAAAGUGAUACCAGUCUAGUAAAAGACCUUAUUAAAAAACGCGGUAUACUCAAAGGCAGGUUAACUAGAUUUGCGAAUUAUGUAAGUAAUUUAAAAAACGAAACUAUCUGUAGUAAAAAACAAAUAGAUUUAAAGUUGCGUAUUCAAGGAGCUUGUACUAUGUUCGGUGAAUUUAAUAAUAUACAAACCAAGCUCGAAGAAUCUGUAUCCGAUAUUGAUGAUCAAUUAACGCAGCGAGAGCUGUUUGAGAGCAGCUAUUAUAAUGCAAUCUCUGAAGCUGAAUAUUUGUUAAGCUUAUGUAAGGACACUGACACUUUAAAUCCAUCCGCACAAAAGCCAACUAUUAAAUUACCUGUAAUAUCCUUGCCUAUAUUUGAUGGUUCAAUUGGGAAUUGGUUACAGUUUAGAGAUAGUUACAUAAGUCUUGUACAUAACUCCAGUGAAAUAAGCGACAUUGAAAAAUUUCAUUACUUAAAAUCAUCACUAAAGGGUAGUGCAGAAUUAGUUAUAAACUCGGUGGAAUUUUCGGCAAGUAAUUACCUAAUCGCUUGGGAAUUACUUCAAACUCGUUUCAACAACCAAAGAUUACUUGUUCAAAAUCAUGUAAAAGCGUUAUUUACUAUGAAUAGUAUUAGCAAGGAGUCACAUAUUCAAAUACGCAAUUUAAUAGACACAGUUUUAAAGAAUAUACGCGCUUUGUCAAACCUUAAUGAACCCGUAGAAUAUUGGGAUACUUUACUCAUAUAUUUAAUUGUUUCUAAAUUAGAUCCCAGCACGGAACGUGAGUGGGAGCAACAUAAAGGUACGCUAUGCUCAAAAAAUGAUAACUCCUCGACAUCUUUAAAACUUGAUAGCCUAAUGAAGUUCCUUACUGACCGGGCUGAUAUGUUGGAAACAUUGCAAUUAUCUCACAGCAAACAAAAUCAUAAUUUUAAAAAACUCAGCAAUCAAAAUUCAAUUAAAGUUCACUGCAAUGUUUCCACAAAUAAGCUGAAGGAACGUCAACUAUAUAAUAAUACUAAAAAGCGCUGUUUGUUGUGUAACGCAAGUCAUCCACUUUACGCUUGUCAAACAUUUCUCGAUUAUAACUUAGAAACAAAACUUAAAUUCAUUAAUGAUAAAAAACUAUGCAUAAAUUGUUUACGUUUAGGCCACACAGUAAGCGAUUGUCGGUUUGGACCGUGCCGUAGAUGUAAUCAGAAACACAAUUCGUUAGUGCAUCCCGAUAAUAAUUAUUAUAAUAUUAAUACAACAUUCACAAGUCAUGCGGGUAAUGCCACUGAGGUGAGUGAUGGUCGCGUACUGUCAGUGCCGCCUGCGGCGCCCGAGACAGUCAGAGCGACCGCACCCGCGCCCUCGGCCGCCUCCCCGUUCACACCUUACUCGUCAACACACGCAUCUAGUAUUAAUGCAAAUAAUGCACACCUCGAUACUAACUGUGUUCAUUCGGCCAAUUUAAAACCGGUAUUAUUGUCAACCGCUCUAAUACAAAUAACGGACAACUUAAAUAAGUUACAUGUAGUUCGCGCCCUACUGGACAAUGGAUCAGAAAGAUGUUUUAUUACGAAAUCAUUAUGCGAUUUAUUACACAUUAAUGUUAUACAGUCCACGUUCGAAAUACGAGGUGUUGGUAACUCUGUCACAAAAUUAACGCAAAUAUGUGACAUUGAAAUCGUAUCGACGACCAACACUUAUAAAACACAAUUACAAUGUUUUGUUUUGCCAAACAUUACUUCAGCCAUACCUGCGAUGCCACUACAAUACACGCAAUUUAAUAUACCUGAUUACAUUCAAUUAGCAGAUCCGCAAUUCUAUAAAACUAGUAAUAUUGAUAUUUUAAUAGGAGCUGAUAAGUUUUGGGAUUUAAUAAAAACAGAUAAAAUUAAAUUACCGAAUGGACCUUUCUUAUUAGACACAGAGUUAGGGUGGAUUAUUUCUGGGCCUAUUUUUUCUAUUUCACGCGAUAAAGGGUACGGAAUUCAAUGUAAUUUUUCGGAUGCGAUUGAUACUCAGUUACGACAGUUCUGGGAACUAGAAGAAACGUUUGCGCCUCGGGAUACGCACAGUGAGGAUGAACGUGCUUGCGAACAACAUUUCGUUAAUAAUACUACGCGCACGAUUGACGGAAGGUUCGUUGUACGUAUUCCUUUCAAAAUUUCACCCGAUAAAUUAGGCGAGACAUAUUCGCAAGCGGAACGAAGGUUUUUAGCUCUCGAGAAACGCUUAGUACGUAAUCCGGAGUAUAAAAAACUUUACUGCGAUUUUAUUCACGAGUACAUACGCUUGGGUCAUAUGAAACUAGCUGAUAACUACGGAAACCCUCAUUAUAUAAUGCCGCAUCACGGUGUACUCCGCGAGCAUAGCACGACUACAAAACUGCGAGUGGUGUUCGACGGCAGUGCAAAGUCCAGCACGGGCAGCACAAGUACACAGCUUGUGCUGAUGUUGAAAAAAUGUUUCGCCAGUGCUUAA